AUGAGCGCACUUCGAGACGACGACGACUACUUUUAUACUUUCGGAUUUCAUUUGGCCGCCACAAUAUCCCAUGAUGCGCAGGGUUUACGAGCUUCUUUUCUAAUCUGCAUCUCCUCUUCCGGCCUUCUUCAAUGGCGGAAUCUUGAAUUUCUCUUGGCCUCGUUGAGUCUGAGGAUUUUACUUCUCUUCUGGUUUCUCAUUCUGUCGUUAUCGGCCGUCUGCUUUACGAUGAUUAGUUACGUAUGUCGAGAAGCGCCAAAUUCCCUGGUGCUUCUUUCUCCACCCUCCCUUGUUCGAAGAAUAACGUGGGGUUUCAUCCACAUCAUUGGCGUUGAAUCUGUCAACACGUUGUGUCGACCGCUUCAGAAGGGUGGUUGUUACUUGGUUAGCACCUAG